AGCAUGAAAGUUUUACUGCCGUUUUUACCUCGAUCUGUCUUGGUCACUGGAGCCAACAGAGGUCUUGGCCUUGAGUUUGUAAAGUACUUUGUAAAGAAGAAUCAGCUGCCUGGUGCUCAGCAAACUACUGUUAUAUCAUGUGCACGAAAAAUGAGUCCAGAGCUUGAAGAACUUUUGGAAGACAUCCACCAUAUUGAUGUUGAUGUGACAAAUGAGGUUCAAGUAAAUGACGCAGCUUCGAAAGUAUCGAAAAUAGUUGGUAGUGAUGGUUUAUCCCUGCUGAUUAAUAAUGCAGCUAUCAUGAGACAUGGAAAGGGAGUAUCAGGAUGCUCAGUUGAAGAAAUGAAGGAAACGCUGGAUACAAAUUUAAUAGGUGUUCAUGCAAUGACAAGAAGCUUUCAGCCCUUGUUAAAACAAUCUGCAGAAUCCCAAGCCGACCUGCCAAUUUCCUGCUCAAGAGCUGCUAUUUGCAAUCUCUCUGCUGAGCUUGGUAGUAUUAAAGGGACCAACAAAAACUUUUUGUACACUGCCUACAAGGUCAGUAAGGCAGGUUUGAACAUGUAUACGAAAUGUUCAGCAGUUGACCUCAUCAAAGACAAUAUCAUCUGUUUCUCUGUGCACCCGGGUUGGGCUCAAACUGGUCUUGGUGGACCUCAGGCCCCACUAUCUGGGGAAACUGCAGUAGAAGAUAUGAUCGAGAUCAUGGGGAAUUGUAAUAAGAAGCACAAUGGUGCAUUUUUAAGAAAAGGAAUGAAUUCGAUUAUGUUUUGAAAGUUUUCAAGUUGACUAAAAUAGGAAUUUAAUUUUACAGUUUUGUAAAACCAUAGCUUGAGUGGCCCUCAGCUCCAUGAACAAAUAUUUAAAUAACAAUUUUAUUUAAAUGUCGUUUUAGUAUUUUUAAUUAGCUAAGUGACCCUUGGUUUACGAGCUUAACUUGGUUACAUUAUAUUAUUAGGUUCCGGUUUGUUGAUGUAUAAAUAUAAGUUUGAGAUGUUUUUUAUGUUGAAUGAAAUAUUUUCUUCUGCAAUAAUUUCAUCUGUUUCAUUGUAGAGAGUUGUUUGAAUAAGGAUGCACUACAUCACAACUUUGUUGAUGCAUCAGCAAAAGCAAAAAUAAAUAGAUUUUAAAGUAGAAUGUUCCCAAAACAGCUGCUUAACAAUCUAUCACAAUCUAUAAUCGGUCAUAACCCAUUGGGACACUUACUACUUCCUUCCUUAAAUAUGUUUUUAGCUAGUUUAUAAUUGCAUUUUGAUAACGACUAAUUAAUUAAAGUUCUUUACUAUUUAGAU